UCGGCUAAAACCUAUAUAAACACACCCAUCAUAAUUAAACUCAGGCUCCUCAGAAUUCAAAGCAGAAAAAAUUUUGAUUGGUAUUCAGAUAUGGAGUCUGCGAGGCCACCUCAGUCUUGCAUGCCACUUGUUUCAAGGCUGGAUCAUCUGGAUUUUAUUAUGAAACGUUUAGAAAGCAAGCAAGAUUCAGCGAAACAGGGGAGCAAGAGAAGUACGGUUAGAGGAGAAGCGAGGGAGCUUCCGCCAAUGGAUUUGGCAGUGAGGGAUGGUUACUUCAAAGGGUCCCUGGUAGAUCGGGUGGCGACCCUCGAACAGCGUCUUCUUCAGCUGUGCCUCGAAAUGGAUUCGAGCAGCUGCUCACGCACUUCUGGGGGAAAAUCGUCAAGCCAAGAAUCCAAACGGGGGGUGUCGGGUUCCUCAUCCUCCACAUUCUUCGGCAUCUCCAAUCGCAAAACUGAGACAAACCCGCCCCAACUUCAUCAAAAUGUGUCUGAAAUUCAUGAAGAGGGAAAAUCUGAUAAAGUUCAGCAGCAGCAAAAGAUUAAACGCUCAUCUCCUGGCAAGCUCAAGCUUGGAAAGAGCAAGACUGCUAGCAAUAACAAGAAGACGACAUCCAAGCUCGUGGGAAGAAAGGACAAGCCUCGCAGUUGGCCACUCCUAAACUUGUUGGGUUGUUGAUGCACCAAUUGUAUGUUUCUUAUGCAUCUCAUUCUCUGUUAUCUUAGGGAGCUUUUCCUCUUGGAAAAUGGAACCGUGGAUCUUUUCUGUUCCUUCUUU